CUGACACCCAGGAAACUGGAACAUUGAAGAAAAAGAUUUGGAUCCUAGAUUUCUGAGCAGUUUGCAUGAAAAGGACGAACUUCGUCACAUUCUUUGAUAUUCCUGCUACACCGUUGAUUGAAAAAUACUUGACGAAGUCGUCAGAUUAGACAGGGAUUCAUUGAGAGAAAAGAGAAAAUGGGGCGUAUCUUCCUGAGACACAUAGGAGGAACACGCCUAUUUUCUUGUGCUAGCUGUGACACAUCCCUUACCAACAGGGCCGAACUGAUAUCCACACGGUUUACAGGUGCUACUGGAAGAGCCUUUCUGUUUAACAAGGUAGUGAAUCUCAACUAUAGUGAGGUACAGGACCGGGUGAUGCUAACCGGAAGACACAUGGUCCGUGACGUAUCCUGCAAGAACUGUGAUGCCAAGCUGGGAUGGGUUUAUGAAUUUGCCACAGAGGACAACCAACGCUACAAAGAAGGUCGGGUCAUUCUGGAACGUGCUCUUGUCACAGAGAGUGAGGGAUUUGAGGAGCAUGUCGGACAUGAUAGUUGAACUUUUUCAUCCUUCAAUGUCUGUAAAUAACUAAUGUCUGUGAGAUAGCAUACACAGCACCAAUCCAGGGGAUAACGAUGCAUGUUCGAAUCCAUGAUUUUUGAUUGGCCAUUUCCAUUCAGUUGUCUUGGCGAUGUUUUGCACCUGUCAUGGUAUGGACACCCCUCAUUGAUUGGUUGGUAGAUAUGUACAGCUGUACAUAUAAAUCACACCCAUUACUACUGCUUGUACAGGUCCCAAUGUCACAGUUAGCUUCACAAAGUCAGUGAAGGUCAGCAUUGCUGUCACUCAGGAGGUUGAAGAUAGCCCAUUGUGUUUUUGGGCUGUUUAAUUUCAGGAGGAAGAAGUUAUUUAUAAAAUGUUACAUUUUUGUUGGAGAGAUACAAGUUGUGAUCAGGAUUUCAAGCUUUGCAUGUAUUAGUGUUUAACACAGUUUUUUAGAGGUGAUAUGGUACUCUGUCAUUCUGUUAUAUAUCUUUCAUUAUUAUUUUUUUAGUAAUUCUUGCAGACCAUGUCAAUCACAGGUUCAGUCGUGAAAUGUUGACAUUGAAAAACACUUGUCUUGUUUUAUCAAGCUUGCACUAGAAGAAAAUCUUACAAUGGAAUGCAAUGUACUUGGCAAUUAAAGCUGUUUUAUUUGAUUUAUUUGCUAAAGCAGACCAGCUUAACUCCAAAAUUGGUUGAACUGUUUCGCAUUUUACAAACUCAAUAAAGGAGCACACGUUAGAUUUUACUACAAGUAGUUUUAUUGGAUUUAGGAAACUGAAAAACUUCCUUUGAACAGUCAUAGAACAGUGUUUUUUUUCCCCUUUGAUAAAAAAACCAUGUGUAUGGUAAUUAUUACCAAUAUAGUUAUUGUAUGAUUGUUCUAUAAAAUGAUAGGAUUUUUUUUUUUUAUAUAUGUAAAUAGUCUUUCCAUUUUAACUUUAAAAGCUGGGUGUAAUUUCCAUAAGUAAAUAUUGAACCUGAGCCUCUUAAGGUACAUGUAUUAAACCAACAUUAAACGCAAGGAUUGGACAACAUUUUUUGAAAACUGAAUUUUCUGGAAUUAUGAAUAACUGAUAAUUUCUUUAUAGAAAUGGAUUUUGUUUUCACAUUUAGAAAUCAGUUGAAAUUUGAUAUUUAAACUAAAAGGAAAACACAGAAAAUGAAAAUAAGAUCUUGAAUGUAGCUGUAAUCUACUGUCUUAAAGGACCUCUGUUUGACUGUUUUGUAUUUAUUCUAUGCUUCUUUGGUGUUUAUGCCUUUGAUAUCAAUGGAUAAUAAUUUAAUCAGAGGAUUUUUUUUUGUGUUAAGUGUUAUUUAUAUGUAUGGAACUUGCAUUUUAAAAAUCUGACAUACUUUAUGGUAAAAAGUUGGUACCAAGUUUAACUGCAGUAUUCUCUCUACAAUUUUUAUGUAAAAGACACCAAUCUUGAGAACUUUAACUGCAGGACACCAAUGUUAAAUAAGCACAUCUUACUUGAUUGUAAUACUACAUCGAAACAGCAGGUUCGGCCUUGUUUUAAAGAAAAAUCAGAGUAGAUUUUAUGUAAAAUAUCACACAUGGUUUUAAUGACUGUAACUUCCUGGGUCUUACCUACAACAGGGGAAAGCCUGCAUAUCUAAAAUAGAUACUUGUUCAGCCUGAUAAAGAAAUAAAUCGAUACAACCAGCAUUGUCAGAUUGUGAUUGCCUAUACCACUCAUGUUAUAGGAGUAUACAUAAAGGGUAUACAUUAUGCACCAAUCACAAUCUGGUCAAAAUGAACAAGGAGAUUUUCCUUGGCAUGUAAAACUGUAAACAAUCACCUCUGCUAAUACUGAUGGAAUAAUUUGGUGAAUAUUUAUUUUUUUAGAUGUGUCUAAAAAACUCAAUUAUUUUUUUAUCUACAAAUUAAAAAACAAGCCGCCUUUAAUUUUUGUUUUCUCACUUAUAUAUAUAAAAACCCAGGUAAAUAGCAUGUUAUGAUGUAUGAAAUUAUAUAGCAAGGUUUAUACAGGAAAUAACAGUAUAUGAUCAAUCAUAUUUAAGAAUAACAAUGAUAGUCUGCUUUGAAAUUGAUCAAGGAAUACUUUAAAAAUUGUACACAUGUCAUAAUAUCUGACUCAAUUGUACCUUAUCACUGAAUAUUUUGAUUUCAUAACUGAAAUAAUUAGUACUGCCAUUAAAAUCUUUGAUUAA